CCCAUGUGUGACCCCAGGUAAUGAGUGCAAAGAGCAGUUAUCCAGCCAGCAGAGACUAAGCCCUAGGAGGAGCAGCAGCAGCAGCAGCAGUUGCCGCCGCCGCCGGGAUCGGGAUUGGGUAUCGGGACACUCGGGAGAACCAUGCUAGUGCCGUCGGACAUGAUCGCGGCCCAGUCCAAGAUGGUUUACCAGAUGAACAAGUAUUGUGCGGACCGGGUCCAGGUGCGCAAGGCGCAGAUCCAUAAGCAGAUCCAGGAGGUCUGCCGCAUCGUCCAGGAUGUGCUCAAGGAGGUGGAAGUGCAGGAGCCGCGCUUCAUCUCCUCGCUGAACGACUACAAUGGCCGGUUCGAGGGCCUCGAGGUCAUCUCGCCCACGGAAUUCGAGAUCAUCAUCUACCUCAACCAGAUGGGCGUCCUCAACUUCGUGGACGAUGGCACCUUGCCGGGCUGUGCUGUGCUCAAGCUGAGCGACGGGCGGAAGCGUUCCAUGUCCCUGUGGGUGGAGUUCAUCACGGCCAGCGGCUACUUGUCGGCCAGGAAGAUCCGCUCCCGCUUCCAGACCCUGGUGGCGCAGGCGUGCGACAAGUGCGCCUAUCGGGACAUCGUCAAGAUGAUUGCCGACACCACGGAGGUGAAGCUGCGCAUCCGGGAGCGCAUCAUUGUCCAGAUCACGCCCGCCUUCAAGUGUGCCGGCCUCUGGCCGCGCUCUGCCUCCCACUGGCCCCUGCCCGGCAUACCCUGGCCGCAUCCCAAUAUCGUGGCGGAGGUCAAGACGGAGGGAUUCGAUAUGCUGUCCAAGGAGUGCAUCGCCCUGCAGGGCAAGAAUUCGGCCAUGGAAGGUGACGCCUGGGUGCUGAGCUUCACCGAUGCCGAGAACCGGCUGCUGCAAGGAGCUAGUCGCCGCCGCUGCCUGAGCAUCCUGAAGACCCUGCGAGAUCGUCACCUGGAUCUGCCUGGCAAUCCGGUGACAUCGUAUCAUCUGAAGACCCUGCUCCUCUACGAAUGCGAGAAGCAUCCCCGCGAGAUGGAGUGGGAGGAGAACUGCAUCGCGGAUCGCAUCAAUGGGAUCUUCCUGCAGCUGAUCUCGUGCCUGCAGUGCCGCCGCUGUCCGCACUACUUCCUGCCCAAUAUGGAUCUGUUCAAGGGCAAGUCACCGGGUGCCCUGGAGAACGCCGCCAAGCAGGUCUGGCGACUGACGAGGAUCAUGCUGACCAAUGUCCGUUGUCUGGAGGAGCUGUAGGACCAAGGAUGGAGUCCUUUUGCCUUGAACGAUCUGUGGCACGGGGGUUUGCCUUUAAGUUGCCUUUUUUUUUUGUGUGGUUAGUCUUUUUUUUGUCUUAGGGUUUUCUGGGUCUCUUUGAGACGCAGUUGGAGGAGCGCAGAUCGGAUCAGAGGAGGAGUCGGAGGAGGAGCUGGAGCAGUGAAAUUGCAACCCAAAUACUAUUUGAUAUUUCGCUAGAUCGUAACUUAAGUUUAGGUGCUUUCGAAAAGUAUACGCCGCUUACAGAGUUUCCUAUAAUUAGAGCCUACCUAUUAGCCUAUAGAGCCCAGUGCUGCCCAAUUUAGAUUGCAUAACGCACAAUGAAGAGCGAAAAGGAGUUACAAAUUACGUAUACGUAAUAUACAUCUUUUUUUUACAACAAUUUUUUGGUCCAUUUGCGAGAGCAAAAUUAGCAAAAUUAGAUCUAAGUCCAAGGAAACUGAUUGAGGAAUAUUUCCCUGAUUGGUUCUAAAUU